CUUGGAUGGGACGAUCGAGUUCCGGAUUCCGUUUUCGCGCAUUGGCAGCUCCUUUAUUCGAAGCUGCCGUCUCUAAACCGUCUCUCGCUUCCUCGGUGGACGGGCGCGCAACCGGCGUCCCAUCUCGAGCUGCACGGCUUCGCCGACGCGUCUACUCACGCCUACGCCGCGGUCGUUUAUUUGAAAGCGAUCACGUCGGAUGGCGACGUUACGGUUUCGCUGCUCGCGGGCAAAUCCAGAGUCGCUCCGAUUUCUCCGCUGACCGUCCCUCGGCUCGAGUUGUCGGCCGCUCUCCUCCUCUCUCGUUUAAUUCUAUUUGUACGACAUUCACUUGAUCUGGAGUCCGUACCGUGUACGUGCUGGACUGAUUCCACCAUCGUCCUGACGUGGCUUCGAUCUCAUCCUUCGAGAUGGACUGUUUUCGUGGCGAAUCGCGUCGCCAAGAUCCAAAAGAAUUUGCCCCAGGUCGUCUGGCGCCAUGUGCCGACCGCCUGCAACCCCGCCGACUGUGCGUCGAGGGGCCUUCACGGCGACGAGCUCGUCGCGCAUAAACUGUGGUGGAGCGGUCCUCCAUGGCUCAUUUCGCCGUCUACAGAAUGGCCCAUGGAACCCGACCUGCACCGGAGCGAUAUUCCGGAACAAAAGAAGGUGCACACCCUUACCGCCCAGCCCCUUCCGGCGAGCUGGGAUUUGGCCACACGAUUCUCAUCGUGGCCCAAGUUGGUCCGCGUCACGGCCUACCUGUACCGUUUUCUGCGCUCAUGUCGUAGUCCGACUCGACGCUCUGCUCCGCUUCCGCCUCCGAGCCGUGCGCUCACUUCCACGGAAUACGCUCUAGCCAAACGCUUCUGGAUCCGAUAUGUUCAGGACGAGGUAUUUCGAGUCGAGAUGCAGGCCCUGCGUGCCGGGCGCAGCAUUGCUUCCAAGAGUUCUAUCGCGUCGUUAAACCCAUUCUUGGAUGAUGACGGCGUGUUGAGG